AUGAGACGCCGGGACACAAAACCCGCAGGCCACAGACAUGAUCACCCAACCCACCCAACGACCCAAAGCACACGCCAAAAACCCCGUCAUAACUCCCCCAACAAUGAAAUGACUUCUCGCCUCGGACCGUUGGAAAAGUCGGGCCUCGGCCCGACCGCACCGGAGCGCACCUAUACCCAAAUUAAUUCGAUCCAUCUAUCGGCCAAAUCCCCUCGCCUCGCCCCAACUCGAACUCGCCGUAUUAUUCCCAACCCAUCCAUCGAAACAGGCAUCGAAAAGCUGGUUCCCUCGAUCGUCGUCGACCAACACCUCGCCCUCAAGAUCAUAGAACUCGCCGGUGUCCAACGACUCACAGGCCUAAGGAAAUUGCAAAGCGCUUCGCCUAUAGACCUACACCCCACCCUUAAACCCUCACUUCACCCCUUCUCGCCAAAUCGGCCAACCACGCGCGGAGGCCAUCGUCCCGAACAAGCCCUGGACCCUUUGCCACCCUCGCAACGGCCCUCAGCGGAGAGCUGGGCACAACCCCCUCGUGCCAUGAAGUAUGUCACCGAGGCGCCAGACAUCCCCGCCCCGACUUCGGCCCUGAGGACCCACGACGCCUCCGAAACCCCCUCCACCAAUACACAACGCCUCCCACCGCAGGAGCCAUCCCCGCUCCCGACUCAACUCACACCGCUCCCUAACCGGACAUUCACUUCGCACCACGACGCCACAGGGCCCUGCACCCUAGCCACCACAGGCACAAUCGCCGAAUCCGGAGACGAGAAGACCAGUCUCAACCAGCCACACGACUCCCCCAAGCCUCCCUGA